CUUCGAGCGAGCAUAGGUCCUGACCAGAGCAGACUGACGGAAGGAAGCCCCGGCGCCCAGAAUACUUGCUUCUUUCGCAGCCGUCGCACGUGAGGCCUGAGCCAGCCAGCGCUAGCAGCCCGCGACCCCUCUCCUCUGCUGAAGAAGAAGUGGGAAGGAUAAAAGAUUGCUGGGACAACCAGGAAGCGCCUGCACUCUCCACGUGUAGCAAUGCCAAUAUUUUUCGAAGGAUAAAUGCCAUAUUGGACAAUUCUCUGGAUUUCAGUAGAGUCUGCACUACACCCUUAAACCGAGGAAUUCAUGAUCAUUUGCCAGCAGAGUUCCAGGACUCCGAAGAAACAGUUACAAGCAGGAUGCUUUUCCCCACCUCUGCGCAAGAAUCUUCCCGUGGCCUCCCAGAUGCAAAUGACUUGUGCCUUGGCCUGCAGUCCCUCAGUCUGACGGGCUGGGACCGACCCUGGAGCACCCAGGAAUCAGACUCCUCAGCUCAGAGCAGCUCACACUCGGUACUGAGCAUGCUUCAUAAUCCGCUGGGAAAUGUCCUAGGAAAACCCCCAUUGAGCUUCCUGCCUCUGGAUCCCCUUGGGUCUGAUUUGGACAAGUUUCCAGCACCUUCAGUUAGAGGAUCCCGCCUGGACACUCGGCCCAUCCUGGAUUCCCGUUCUAGCAGCCCCUCUGACUCAGAUACGAGUGGCUUCAGCUCUGGAUCAGAUCAUCUCUCAGACUUGAUUUCAAGCCUUCGCAUUUCCCCUCCUCUGCCUUUCCUGUCUUUGACUGGGGGUGGUCCCAGAGACCCUUUAAAGAUGGGGGUUGGGUCCCGUAUGGACCAAGAGCAAGCUGCUCUAGCCGCAGUCACUCCCUCACCAACCAGUGCUUCAAAGAGAUGGCCAGGAGCUUCUGUGUGGCCAUCCUGGGACCUUCUUGAAGCUCCCAAAGACCCCUUCAGCAUAGAGAGAGAGGCCAGGCUGCACCGGCAAGCUGCAGCUGUGAAUGAAGCCACCUGUACCUGGAGUGGCCAGCUUCCUCCCCGCAACUAUAAGAACCCCAUCUACUCCUGCAAGGUGUUCCUAGGAGGUGUUCCCUGGGAUAUUACGGAAGGUGAGAUGCCUUCAAGACCUGCCACAGAGUUGAAGGUGGGGAAUGUCUUUCAGGAGACGAGAGGCUGCAUCUCUGCCUCAGCACAGUGUGUUACUGGAGCGGGUGAGGAGACAGCUGGAUUGGUUAACACCUUCCGUGUUUUUGGCUCUCUAAGUGUGGAGUGGCCUGGUAAGGAUGGCAAGCACCCCCGGUGUCCUCCCAAAGGUAAUAUGCCUAAAGGGUACGUGUAUCUGGUUUUUGAGCUAGAAAAGUCUGUCCGGGCCUUGCUUCAGGCUUGCUCUCAUGACCCACUGAGCCCAGAUGGCCUGAGUGAAUAUUACUUCAAGAUGUCCAGCCGAAGGAUGCGCUGUAAGGAGGUGCAGGUGAUCCCCUGGGUGUUGGCUGACAGCAACUUUGUCCGGAGCCCUUCUCAGAGGCUGGACCCCAGCAGAACAGUGUUUGUUGGUGCCCUGCAUGGGAUGCUCAAUGCUGAGGCACUGGCUGCCAUCUUGAAUGACCUAUUUGGUGGAGUCGUGUAUGCUGGGAUUGACACAGAUAAGCACAAGUAUCCCAUUGGGUCUGGUCGUGUGACAUUCAAUAACCAACGUAGUUACCUGAAAGCAGUCAGUGCUGCUUUUGUGGAAAUCAAAACUACCAAGUUCACCAAGAAGGUUCAGAUUGACCCCUAUCUAGAAGAUUCUCUGUGUCAUAUCUGCAGUUCUCAACCUGGUCCUUUCUUCUGUCGAGAUCAGGUCUGCUUCAAGUACUUCUGCCGGAGCUGCUGGCACUGGCGGCAUAGCAUGGAAGGUCUGCGUCACCACAGCCCCCUGAUGCGGAACCAGAAGAACCGAGAUUCCAGCUAGAGGAGCUGGCCUUGCCCAGUGGCCUGUGGAGCCCAAGGCUGGCAGGUCAGGCAGCAGCCUGUACCACUGUGCCACUGGCAACCAGGGAGCUGGUUUCCCGAGGACAAGGGAAAAUUGUAGUCACCUUUGCACUUGCUGAAUCUGUCUUUGUUUCUGCACUAAUUACUGCACAAUGAGUUUUGUUGGUUUUUGUUUUCAGGGGGUGUGCCAGGGCAAGGGCCCUCUGGACCACCCUCCAAGCGACUCUGUAGUUUUCCCAGAUUUUAGUUCCUCAUUUUGCAGAUGAAAAGCAAAAAAAAAAAAAAAAAGAAGAAGAAGAAGAAGAAAAAAAAAAACUAUGUGUCCAGAAGGUAUUGACACGGAUGCCUACAUCUAGGUUUAUUUAUUAAAGCGCUUUUUUACAUUCCUUGCAAUACUGAUGGUGAUGAUGCACAGGUCUCAUUGGUUUCAUUCUUGCAGUUGCCAUACAGUGCCUUUCCAUUUAUUUAACCCCCACCUGAACGGCAUAAACUGAGUGUUCAGCUGGUGUUUUUUACUGUAAACAACAAGGAGACUUUGCUCUUCAUUUAAACCAAAAUCAUAUUUCAUAUUUUACGCUCGAGGGUUUUUACCGGUUCCUUUUUACACUCCUUAAAACAGUUUUUAAGUCGUUUGGAACAAGAGAUUUUUUUCUUUCCUGGCAGCUUUUAACAUUAUAGCAAAUUUGUGUCUGGGGGGACUGCUGGUCACUGUUUCUCACAGUUGCAAAUCAAAGCAUUUGCAACCAAGAAAAAAAUUUGUUUUAUUUGAAACUGGACCGGAAAAACGGUGUUAGAGUGGCUGCUGUAUAUAGUUUUAAAUGGUUUAUUGCACCUUCUUAAGUUGCACUUACAUGGGGGGGAGGGUUGAUAGAAGUUUUUAACCACAAAAUCACAGGACUUUUUUUCUUUUGUAACUGAGCUAAAAAAAAAAAAAAAAAAGGGCUGCUUUUUUUGGUGGGGGCAGAUGAAGGCUCACAGGAGCCCUUUCUUUUAGAGGGGACAAGUACCCUUCCUUAAUAUAUUUCAUUUGAGGAAUGUAUGAAUCAACAGUUGCAGUUGACUGAAAUGCUACUGGAAUUUGAAAACUUGACUCUUUUCUUUCCUUCUUUCUUUCUUUUAUUUUAAUACUACUUGCCCCUCUUAGGGAAGCUGUGUGCCAAAGAACCAGUGUCAUAACCCCCUCCUCCCUCCUGCUGAGCUGAUGUUGCAUUGUUGCAUAUCCCAGCUACUCUGUGGGUUUUGUGAAGCUGUGUGUGAAGUCUCUACCUCAUUGUAGUAUAUGCAGGCAAGACUGCACUCUCCUACAACAGAUGUGUGGAGUAAGCUGUGGUGUAGUUUUUUUGGCACAUAAUAAACACGUUGCAGCAGAA